CUCGGAUUGGCAUGGCUGCCUAAGUCCCUAGCAGUCUGCCGCCUACGAACAAUACUUACAUGUAGGCAACUUUUGAGAUAUUAGUCGCCGAUGAAACAGGUCAUUCACCAUGGCCAUCCUAUUAGUGCGAAACAAAGUCGUAAUGCACCAGUGUCUAAUCCAAAAUGGCACUUUAAUGCUUUGGCAGUGAUCCGCAUUCCUACCACAUAUUGUGUCAUCGUGUGUGUUCUGUUCUUCGCGCCUUGUUCCAUAAAUGAUACACACCACUCAAAUCUUUGAAUCCUGGGAGUUUGUCUCCAAUGGCGUUUUCAAGUUGGAAGCAUUCCCGCGCCCCUCAGUCGUUAAUCAUAAGUGUCAAGCGUCGAUGGAACGCCUCCUCGGGUCGGGAACUGCCUGCAGACUAGGACGCCCCAGACGCCCGACGACGCUUGGCUGCUGGAUCACGAAGUUGCAACUUGCAAGGACUCCCAAGAAUCCGAACAGGCACAACAGUGUGCAGAAGUAUAUUGGUGAUCGUUGGUAUCGUUCGGAUUCUAUUGGAGGAAGUAGGCGAGCCUUCCGUGGCUUGAAACUUGAAAGCCGAGUUGACAAAGCGGGCAAGGGCAGGGAAAAUAGCAACGUUAAUGAUCAACCGAAACGAGGGGAGAAGCUAGAAAGUCUGACGGCUAAAGGUGAAUGCAGAAUGGCAUAUUCCGUCUUGCGAUCGGUAACGAAUGUCAAUGUGGCACCAAAUGCCCGAAUACGGGAAUCAACUGGAUGCAAUGCAUUGAGUGGAUCGGUGGCCGGAUUCUGUUUGUCUCAGGUUCUUUCAUGUUUUGCCAGGCUCGAUCACCGAAUGACUGAACUGGUUCCAUCGUGUUCAUUGAUCCAUCGGAUGACCCAGGCAUUCUUUCACGCAAGCUGCAGACGGUAUGUGAGUCGGUUGAAGCCACUCGAAGCCCAUGUGCAUCCUGCUCCAUUCGUCGAGGUACCUGGUCGCUUUGUGCGUUGUCGGACUCUCCACAUGGGUCAGGAAUGAAAGUUUGUCAAUCCGAAGUCGUCCAUGUCACUCCGCGGUUUCGCAUGUCACGUCGAGUAAACUUUCGGUACUUACUAUGGAUUCCUUCGUCCAAAGUACAGUCCCAUCAUGAUAUCAUGUAGCAUGACAGGGGACAGUAUCGCCCCCAAGUCAUGAGAGUAGAUAUCGGCAUCCGAAGCUGAGCAUUAAGUACCCUGCUGUACUGGUUUUGUAGUCCUUGGGGGACAGUGGACUGGGGUAAUUAAAGGCAAAACACUGGAAGCAAAAGCCUGCAUGGUCCGUAUCUGAGGGAGUAGGUUGGUCGAGAAAGAAGACUGUUCAUGGCAGUCGACAGACGAUCA